GCCAGGGGCCGCUCCAGGCCGCGCGCCCCCUGUGGGCCGCGGGAGCCGCCCGGGGCCCGCCCAGGGAGGCGGGGCUGACCAGCGGGGGGCCCCGUGCAGCGUCGUCGCUACGCGCCAGCCUGCCACGCGGUACGCCUGCGGGGGAAAAUACACAAAGCCAGUCCGAGAGAAGUCUAAACAGUGUGAUUCCUGCUGUAGCAGCCAUCCUUGUUUCCCAGGCCCUGGCCCUAGUCUACCUUCCCGCCUUGCACACGGGGGCCUGCGUCCGGUCAGGCAGCCACCAGGGCUACUUCCUUCCUCUCUGUGCAAGAUGGCGGGGGGCGAAGUUGGAGUGACUCUUGGACAGCCGCACCUUUCUCGUCAAGACCUCGCCACGUUGGACGUUACCAAGUUGACUCCACUUUCACAUGAAGUUAUCAGCAGACAAGCUACAAUUAAUAUAGGUACAAUUGGUCAUGUAGCUCACGGGAAAUCUACAGUUGUAAAAGCUAUUUCUGGAGUUCACACUGUCAGGUUCAAAAAUGAACUGGAAAGAAAUAUUACAAUCAAGCUUGGAUAUGCUAAUGCUAAGAUUUAUAAGCUUGAUGACCCAAGCUGUCCUCGACCAGAAUGUUACAGAUCCUGUGGAAGUAGUACACCUGAUGAGUUUCCUACAGACAUUCCAGGGACCAAAGGGAAUUUCAAAUUAGUCAGACAUGUGUCAUUUGUUGACUGUCCUGGCCACGAUAUUUUGAUGGCUACUAUGCUGAACGGCGCAGCUGUGAUGGAUGCGGCUCUUCUGUUGAUAGCUGGUAAUGAAUCUUGUCCGCAGCCUCAGACUUCUGAACACCUGGCUGCUAUAGAAAUCAUGAAACUGAAGCAUAUUUUGAUUCUGCAAAAUAAGAUUGAUUUAGUAAAAGAAAGCCAGGCUAAAGAACAGUAUGAGCAGAUCCUUGCAUUUGUACAAGGUACAGUUGCAGAAGGAGCUCCUAUUAUUCCAAUUUCUGCUCAGCUGAAAUAUAAUAUUGAAGUUGUCUGUGAGUACAUAGUAAAGAAAAUUCCAGUACCCCCAAGAGACUUUACUUCAGAACCGCGACUUAUUGUUAUUAGAUCCUUUGAUGUCAACAAACCUGGCUGUGAAGUUGAUGACCUAAAGGGGGGUGUAGCUGGUGGUAGUAUUCUAAAAGGAGUAUUAAAGGUGGGCCAGGAGAUAGAAGUCAGACCUGGUAUUGUUUCCAAAGAUAGUGAAGGAAAACUUAUGUGUAAACCAAUCUUUUCCAAGAUCGUAUCACUUUUUGCAGAGCACAAUGAUCUUCAGUAUGCUGCUCCAGGGGGUCUUAUUGGAGUUGGAACAAAAAUUGACCCCACUUUGUGUCGGGCUGACAGAAUGGUGGGACAGGUGCUUGGUGCAGUUGGAGCUUUACCUGAGAUCUUCACAGAAUUGGAAAUUUCCUAUUUCCUACUUAGACGGCUUCUAGGUGUACGCACUGAAGGAGACAAGAAAGCAGCAAAGGUGCAAAAACUGUCUAAGAAUGAAGUACUUAUGGUGAACAUAGGAUCCCUGUCAACAGGAGGAAGAGUUAGUGCAGUUAAGGCUGAUUUGGGCAAAAUUGUUUUGACUAAUCCUGUGUGCACAGAGGUGGGAGAAAAGAUUGCUCUUAGCCGAAGAGUUGAGAAACACUGGCGUUUAAUUGGUUGGGGUCAAAUAAGAAGAGGAGUAACAAUCAAGCCAACAGUAGAUGAUGACUGAAGAAUUUCAGUUAAAUAAGACAUUUGGAUCAAGUUGGAACGUCUUUUAACCUAGGGGUAUAUUUUCAAUGCAGUAGCAGUGAAUUAAUUUCACAGCUCAUUACUUAGUAGCUAUAAGGUUAUUCUCAUAUUUUUGGUGAUAAAUUUAACCUCUAGUACUAAAAUAGGCUCUAUAAGGUAAAAAAUUGACAUAAUAUUGGAUUAAAUCUAUACGUUAGAAGAAAUUAAUCAUUCCUAAAUAAUGUCUAAUUUAUACAACAAUGCAGGUUUAAAAUGAAAUUGUUUGCUACAACCAAGCGUUGUAGCAUACACCAGUGAAGCUGUUUGAAAUAAAGUUUUUCUUCUUGUU